GGUGUAUAUAAUAAACAUGGAUUUUUCACUUGAAUCGUCAAAAGAAAAAAGAAUGCAGAUGAAGAAAAUAACGGUGUGGCUUUCGCUGUUAGUUUUGGGAGGAUGGAGGAUUCCCAAUACAGAAAGCAUUGGAUGCCCAUAUGAUUUCACAGUGGCGUCACGCAUGAUCCCGCCUUCCUGUUACCAAAACAGCACGGAGCGGGUCACCUCCCAAGGAACCUGCUGCCUGUACGCCUUCGCUUCCUUUGUCUUCGCAAUCUCCCGCCAUGCCAAUCACACAGGGGAAAUUCUCCUGGACGACGCGGGUUCGAGUCGCUGCACUGACGAAUUCGUGCGCUAUGUCCGGUCGAAGGGGCUAGUCCGCUCCACCGUUUUCAGCAAUUCCUCUGCCUGCCAGAUCGAUCACCUGACCUUCACUGCCAACGCAGGGCCAUGCAGGUACGCCCAAAUGGCGCAAAUUUGGAACACCGUCGACCUCCGUAAGGCCUUCAUUGCCUGCAACGGCCCCAAUCUCAGCAGCUCCACCGCCUGCGACAACUGCCAAAGCCAAGUCAUAGAGAAGGCCAGGAAACUCUUAAAAAUAACGAAUUCCGAGGAGUUUGUUCCCUGUGAAAUAGCCGUAACCAUUGGGUUGUGGGGGCCGAAUCCUCAAGAAAGCCUCUUCAAUUCAUUUCUUCUCUGCUUAACGCCGGUAAUGCAGUCGGGCGGUGGCGGCGGUGGCGGCGGUGGCGGAAGCAAGAGGAAGUGGAUUCGAAUCGGCGUAGGUUUGGGGGUCGCAGCCAUUGUCGCAAUGCUGGUGUUGCAUUUCGUGACGAAGAUGAAGAAAUUCUUCUGCUCCUACGAUCAAUCAACUGCUGCCAGCAGAGCGGAGGGUUUGAAGAUAUUUACCAUGCGCGAGAACCAGUGGGAGACGGCGAGAUUCCACUCUAACCACGUGCUCGGCAGCGGCGGCUCCGCCAAAGUAUUUCUCGGCAACCUCCCUAGCGGCGAAUUGGUGGCGAUUAAAUGUAUAUUCAACCUGCAGCGGCCGCAUGAUUUCGAGCGAGAAGUGACGCUUCUAUCUCACCUCGGCCACCCCAACCUGACGGCGUUGCUGGGCUACUGCGAGGAGGGAAACAACCGCAUUCUCGUCUACGAAUACAUGGCUGGUGGCGACCUAGGGAAACUUCUCUCACAUCCCCCCAACGGUCACAUUCUGCCAUGGCACCACCGGUUGCAGAUCGCAGUGGACUGCGCGAGGGGGCUGGAUUAUCUGCACCACGAAGCUAUUAUCCACCGUGACGUGAAGCCCACGAAUAUUCUGUUGAAUUCGGCGGGGCAGGCCAAACUGGCGGACUUCGGCAUUUCCAGGCUCAUCGGCGUCGACUCCACGCAGGCUUUCACAGAAGUGAGGGGCACUUGCGGGUACUGGGACCCAGUGUAUUUUUCUGGUGGGCAACUAACCAGAGCCAGUGACGUGUACAGCUUUGGCGUGGUGCUAUUGGAACUCCUUUCCGGGAAGAAGGCCAUCUUCACAACGCCGUCUGGCGAGCAAGAGAAUCUUGUGAACUACGUGCUCAAUAGCAGAGCAGAUCGUCCGCACAUUAGAAAUCUGGUGGAACCAAGGAUUGCAGAUGAUGAAUUUGCGGCUAAUAUCCAAUCUAUUGAGACUGUGCUGAAUGUUGCGUGUCAAUGCGUUUCUCCUUCCACAUCUGAGAGGCCUUCCAUGGCGGACGUGUUGAUGAGGCUCACUGAAUCCCGGAACACGCCCCAGGCUCCCACCACUAUUUGUAUCCGACAGGCAACUGAAGUGUCCCAAAUUGGGGGACAGGAGCCAUAGCUGUGCGGCGCGGGGUCACAUAUGGUUAUGUCUUUAUAUCCAUUGUUGUUAUGGCCUCUAAGUAAUAAAGAACAGCAGUGGAAAAAGGAGCUGAAUUGUUAUGGCCAGUUAGGAAAUAAAGAAUAGCGGUCUAAAAAGAUAUAUAGAAAGUGUUAUAGUUUGUUUACAUAUUUUGUAUGUAUGUCUAUCAAGACAUUUAUAAUUAUUAAUAUAUGGUUUCUUAUG